AGCGCGAACUGGGGAACUAUAUCUCCCAGGAUCCUUUGCGAAUUUGCCGUAUUCAAUCCGUAGUGUCGCAAAUCAUAACAAAACAGGCGGCUUCUCUAAAUAUAGAACUUAUCAGCACGUUUCUCGCAUGGUAUAUGAGUAAUAUUUGUUAAAUGUCAGGUAGAUUUAUUAAACUAUGGAACUCACCUCUGCCCGAUCAACGUUUUAUGGUGACAUCGGCCACUGGGCUGAUCGCACGCCGGUACACGAGGCUGCGUCUCUAGGUCGAGCUCUGCAGUUAAAGCAACUGAUAGAGGCAGGAGCAUCAGUUAAUAUCGUGUCUGUGGAUAACUUCACCCCACUGCAUGAUGCCUGCAUCCAAGCCCAUCCAAACUGUGUUCAAAUACUGCUGGAGGCAGGAGCCCAGGUGGAUGUACGCACCAUCCAUGGCAGUACUCCCCUCUGUCAUGCCUGUGCUGCUGGAAGCAUAGAAAGUGUCAAGCUGCUGGUGGAUCACGGAGCAUCAGUCAACCCUUCCCUGACCGCCCUCACUGCAUCCCCACUCCAUGAGGCCUGCAUACGAGGUGAUGUAGACUGUGUGAAGCUUAUGAUAGACAAGGGAGCGCUACUGGAGGCCUUUGACAUUUACUUUGGGACGCCGUUACAUGCUGCCUGUGCUAAAGCUCACUUCGACUGUGCCCUGCUGCUGCUCAAUGCAGGUGCAAAGGUGAAUGCCACCAAGUUCCAUGAGACGGCACUGCAUCAUGCGGCGAGGGCCGAGAGAGUGGACCUGGUGGAGCUGCUGGUGGAGUUUGGUGGAGAUGUCAACAUAAGUGAUAACUUGGGUCACAAACCUAGAGAUUAUACAAAACCAGAAUCUCCUGCAAAUCUCUGCCUGCGGCACUAUGAGAGUAAUCCUCUGUCUCUACAGCAGCUGUGCCGUACCGUCCUGAGGACUGUGUUGGGCACCAGAGCUUUGGAACUGAUCCCUAAACUGGACAUUUCACAGCGCAUCAUUGAAUAUCUCAUUUAUAAAUCAUAAUUUUAUUUUAUUAUUAUUAUUUUUUUUUAAGUUCCAUAGAAACCUAUAAUAGACUGCAGUUUGAUAAGUCUUAAGUUUAAGAGUGAAUUAAUUAAGUUAUUUAUAAAUAACCCUAUGGAAACUAUGUUUACUUAAAAGAGGUCCUCGGAUGCAAAAUUCAGUUUACAAGUUGUUUGAACAUAAAUUGAACAUAAAUCCCUAUUUUAAAAUACCCUUCCUCAAAUCAGGCUGUUCUGAGAUUCCUGUCAGAAUGACCUAGUUCUCAACAGGCCCCUCCCACUGUAGUUGAUUGACACUAGCAUCUCAACUUAGACCCGCCCUAAGUGAGCUGUCAUCAGUUCGAUAUUGUAUCGACCCCGGUGCAGGGGAAGACAAGAAAGUCUCCAUUUAAGCGACUAAGGUGUUUUGUUGCUGGAUGUAAUAAUGAAUAUAGCAGUCGUCAUUUACACCCGACAUCUGAGCCGCUGAAGGAUUAAUAUUACUAUUAUUUUUAAGAGAAUGCGCUUAUCCCGAUCUGCCUAAAAUGGGCGACUCAUUUGUGAUCCAACUUAAUCAGCAGAAGUGAGUAUUAGGGUUUUUUUUUUUUUUUUUUUUUUUAUGAGUCUUUGCAAAUCCCCUUUCUUAUCAAUGAGCUAGUUAGCCAGUUGAAUUUUACAGUCUGCUCAUCACCCCCUGAAGAAAAGGGCUGGGUCAGGAGAGCUCAUUAGCAUUUAAAGCAACAUGGACUAGAACAGCGUGCUGAAAAGGGAGCUGAUUUUGACAGUAAAAAAAGUGUUUUUUUUUUUUACACUACCAUUGUGAAAUUUUAACUGAACUGUGUUAGACUUUCCAUUAAGACCCUAAAGAAUCAUAUCAACUUGUGCUAAAUUUCCAUCUGAUGACCCCUUUAAUUGGGGUUGUGAUGACUUGAUUUCAAUGAAUGUGCUACAUUGCCUUAAAAGAUUUUGCAGUGUAAAUGUACUAAUAAUGUUUAUGUUAUUGUUUGCCCCUGUAAAACUCAAUAUCAAUUUAACUUUUAAAUCAGCCUUUUUAUUUUUAUUUUAACCAGCUGUGAACGUGUUAAUGUUUCCGAAUAAGUUUUAUGAAAGGUAUUGUUUUAUUAUUUUAACUUAUCAAAUUUUCCUGCUUCAUUUAAAAUACUUUAUAAAAAUAAAUGCCAAUGGUUUUCAACCAGGAGGUCCUGAAGGCACUUUAGGGGGUCUGUCGAGAUAUAUUAAACAUAUAGAACUUAACUUUACAUGAUAUGUUUACCUAAUUAACUAACCUAAAAUGGCUGUCUGUUAAGCAUUAUGUAUUGUUCAUGUUCUUAAAUAAAGUUGUUGUCAUGUCUUA